CCAAAGCUUCGUAUGUACUAAAUAAAUGAGAUGGACAUAGCGCCAUGUACAGGCACAAGGCAGAGUUGGAGGAGUUAGAAGAGGAUUUAAAAGAGGAGUUAGAAGAGAAGUUAGAAGAAGAGUUAGAAGAGGAGUUAGAAGAAGAUGCACGUAGGAGGAUGGAAGAACUAAUUCAGAAGAAUGUUGCUGAAAGGUUAAAUUCUGAAGAGGUUAAAUUAGAAAUACAAAGGCGAAUAGAGGAAGGUCGCAAAAAAUUGUUUGAUGAUGUUGAUCUGCAACUUGAGAAAGAGAAAGAAGCCGCCCUUACGGCUGGAAGACUGAAAGAGGAACAGACCCGGAAAGAGAGAGAAGAGGUGGAUAGAAUGCUUGAAGAGAAUAAGAGAAGGGUAGAAGAAGCUCAGGGAAGAGAAGCUCUGAAGCUUAUUCAGAGACAAAAAUAGGAGACAACUCGGACAAAAAAGCUGGAAUAAGAA